AUGUCCCAGCCAGUUGCCGUUAUAACCGGCGCAUCGUCGGGAAUGGGGCUUGCCGUGACAAAACAUCUUGUUGCAGGUGGAUGGCGGGUUGUUAUGGCAGAUAUCGCCGAAGAGUCCGGAAAAGCCAUUUCUGAAGAUCUGGGGGAUCAAGUUUUAUUCUCCUGUACCGAUAUCAGUUCGUAUUCGCAACAAGCGGAUCUAUUCAAAAAGGCAUUCGCUUGGGGUGGCAGACUGGAUCUUUUCGCCGCAAAUGCUGGAAUUGCCGACACACAGUUCCUCCAUGAAAACGACUACCGAUACGAUGAAGAUGGCAAUGUGAUGCCUUUCAAUCUCAAGGCAAUGGAUGUCAACUUCACCGCCGUCGUGCAGGGUAUUUGGCUCUUCAAAUAUUAUGCCCGCCAAAACAAAAUCCCGGGUGGGAAGGUUAUCAUAACGUCAUCUUCAGCAGGGCUGUAUUCAAUGGCCACGAAUCCUAUCUACACGGCCUCAAAGCAUGCUCUAGUUGGACUGGCCAGGGCACUGGGUCCGGAACUAGAUCGGCAGAAUAUCCAAGUUAACGCCAUUUGUCCAGCCUUUGUACCCACUGCGCUCUGCCCGAAAGAUAUGCUAGAUCGGUUUCCAAAGGAGCAUAUUACUCCGAUGUCGACCGUCAUAAAGGCAUAUGACACUUUUCUCAAAGACGACACCCUUACUGGACAAACAGUCGAGCUAAGUCUGGAUCAGCUAUACUUUCGUGUCAAGCCCGAUUAUCCAAAUGAAAGUCAACGUUGGUUGGGAGAAGACUCGGCAAGCUUUUGGGAAGAAGCUUACAAGGGAGCUGCUUCUUGA